GCGGACCGCAGCCCAGCUGAAUCUGAUAUAUAAGCCUGUGUGCUAGCACUCUAAGUCAAAGACAAGUUGAAAAGUCACGGAGUACAGUUGAUAAACAGGCUAGCAUUAAAAUCGACAUAAGGCUUUAUAGCCAGUUGUGUCACGGUAAACGAUAAACUCAAAGGUCGAGGUACACAAAUACGAGAGACAAGUUAGCUGAAAUAUAGAAUUACGUUCUCAAAAUGGUAAGUGUAUAAAAUUACUGCGCAAUACGAUAUCUUCAUUGUAAUUGAUAUAAAAUCUAGAAACAAUUGACUCAUGUUUAUGUCAGAAAUGCUUAUUAAAUUUGUAUUAUUCGACCGACGAUGCACAGUGUUCGGGCAUAUGACUUUGAAUAACGACGUCGCGCGUUAUUCAAAUUAGCCCAAACUUGUGGUGCGUGAAAUACGGGUAUUAUUUUUAAUAUUUUGACCAAAAGGUGCCAAAGCGUAUGUGAUUUUGCAUGACGUCUUGUAGUAUUUCGCUUCUAACGAAUUAUUAAAAACAGUUUCAGAACAUUUGUGGCGAAAAUGCUAAUAUAACUGACACGUUCGGGGCUAAUAUUCGUUCGUUCUCUCAGAAGCGCUAUAUAAUCUGCAUUUGUAUUGGAGAAAAUACCACAUCGCACUAGAAGUCUCGCACGGUUCGACAAAAAGUCCGAGGUUUUAAAAAGUCUCAAAAUCCCUGUAAAUAUAUUUGAUAAUUCUUAAAUUAAUCAAAAAUACACUCGAAAUGUAAAAUAUACGACUCAGUUUAAUUAAUGGAGAUCCCUUACAAAUCUGAAGGAAUUAGAAUACGUGAUCUACUACAAUACAAUUGCGUUUUACUGCAUAACUUCACCAAUAAUAUAUAACAAUUGUUGUAAAGAUCAACAGUCUACGCUAUAAGUAGGUGGUAAUAUAAGCAAGUGUUAAUGCAUAAUAGGUGAUGUAAUCGGUUGCGGAAAGUCCAGAUGGGGAGUGAACUGAAUGUAUGUCAUAUAAGAACAUUGAAAACAAUAAGAAGGCAAGAAGACUGACACAUUUCUAAAAGUCCAAUUCUGUAAAAUUCCCGGACCCACGAGAAUCAAAGACGUGCACAAUUUUGGAGUAAUUUCCGCGACGUUUAUUUAUUUCGCAAUUUUUUUAUCCAUAAGCACUAAUUUAUCUUCAUCAGUACAUAUGGAAUACUGACGAAGUUCCGGAUGAAGCGAGGUCGCGCGAGGACGAUGAGAGUUCGGCAUGAAAUCACGCGAUCUUGGUUAGGCUUAGCUGGUUCUCAACACCAUAUAUCAUGCACUUUAUUUUAAGUUAAAGCGUAGUUGAAACGCUCAUAAACGUUUAUCUUGCUAAUCUAGAGCUUUUAAUCAACUGAUUCGUUUGACGUAGUCGAAAUGGCUUUGUGACAAAAAUAAAUUUGCUGUUUUCAAUAAAAACAAAUCAAUUAAUUUACCGCAGUGCAAACCUUCAAGUUCAAACAACUUAAUUACACGCGCGCUAUAUUUAGUCUUUCAGAAAUGAAGCCCCGAAGCAUAAUAGCGGAAUUUCGUAUCGUUCAAUGGCAUUGUUUAAAACUUUAAAUGUCAAAGAAGUAUAAAAACUGGACACUUCUGAUGUGACAGUGAUUCAUAUUUCCAGGGGGGAGGGGGUCACGGUUUUUAGAGGGUUAUUUGUCCUCUGGUUGAUGUAAUUAAGACAUAAUUGUUUACGCCUUAUUCUGUCAACAAUGGCAAUUUGCGUUGGCCACGCAACGUCUAGAUUAAUCCGCGUAUGAUCUCGCAGAUCUAUGGUAUGUACCCUGUACGCAAGAUUAUGCUAUACGUGAUCUUACGGGGGUGUUUACAUGGAGAAGAGCCAAUGAAGGUCAUAUGAUUAGUCUUAAUCCCUAAACUGGAAACUUUGUUACGUGCGCACAGAAGAAUUAUGUUCACCCAAAAAAUUAAUCCGUAUACGAGACUGUUCAAGCGGGGCUAUAGACUAAUCUCUUUAUCAACAAAACUUCGGCUGUUUGGAAUGUAAGUACCUGAAAAAUAAAUCAACAAUCAACUGAUGUUUUGUUAUUAUUGGGCCACUGGCUCAAACCGUUCAUGAUAAUUUCUUACGAGCUGUGAGGAAUAGUUUGUGUAUCUCAUUUCAUUUAUACAUGCAAUUUCUUCAGUUUCUACUUACACAAAUAGAAGUACGUUGUAGUUCCUUUCGUUUAUUUUAUUUUAUUUUAUUUUAUUUUACAAGUUUGCCAUUGCAAUAGAUCUAUAUAGAGUACUAUGGUUACCAAUGACUGGAAUUUCCACACAGAGAUAGUUCUCCAAUAACGGGGUUCCAAAAAAGAAAAAUUACGGUAUAUCUAAUUAUUUUGAAGUUAAACACAAAUACAAGAAGACAAAGCGAACGUAUUGACGAACAAACGACCAAAAACUAAAUUUAGCAACAUGUUCGAGUUGAUAAGUUCAUUAGUGGGCGAGUGGUGUGACAUUUAAUAAAGUGAUUUCAAAAAGUGAUUCGUAUUUUUACAGUUUACUGAGAUGAACAAUGUAUUAGUGCGUUGUUUUAGUUAAUGAAAACGUAAAAAUAUCGGUAUCCUAUUUCGCAAACCACUUCCUACCAAGUCUACUUGAUUCCGUAUAAAACCCCUUGUCUACAAUCGAUUUUUCAACUACAGCAAUCUUAAUCUUUUCUUAUUAUUUAUAGAACAUGACUACUCCUGUUAAAGAAAUUGUUAUAGUUGGCGAUGGAAUGUGUGGGAAAACGUCCACUGUAGGCGUCUACCUCGGAAACCGAUUCACGACCGACUACAUACCGACAGUGUACGAGAACUACACGAGCAAAGUGAAGUACGAAGGACGCAACAUCUCAUUAAGACUAUUGGACACUGCUGUGCAGGAGGACUUCGAAAUUUUCCGACCGAUGUUAUAUCGUAAAGCUUCGGUAUUUGUCGUCAUGUAUUCGGUAGAUCGUCCCGAGUCUUUGGCGAACGUCUACGAAAAAUGGGUACCGGAACUAAGGCAAUAUUGCCCGGAUGUACCAAUCAUUUUGGUGGCAAAUAAAACUGAUCUUCGGUACACCUCGUCAGUAGUCGGUCAGUUGUCGGAGAACGAUGAAAGGCCGGUGUCCUCAUCCGAAGGGCGGGCAAUAGCGAGGAAAAUUAAAGCGGUGGCAUUUCGAGAAUGUUCAGCCUUGACAGGACAUGGUGUAAAUGAGGUAUUCAAGGCUGCUUUGUUGGCGAAACCACAAAAGAAACGGACACCAUCUUGGAAAUGGUUUACGAAUACAAUUACUACAAAAGAAAAGUAACACGUGAACACGUUCAUGCGUGUUGAAGAUAUCGACAUUCGUGUCACAUACGAAGUAUCCGAGCUACUACGUGCGUUGUAUUGGCAGGGAACUUGUCCACGAGACUCGAUUCAUAACAAAACUUUUCGAGACGAAUUAAACCAAAUCCGAGAAAGACCCAAUUCUCUUCAAGAUUCGUUGAUAAUAUGUCACCUCACCCGGGGGGGGAGGUACAGAUAAAAUCGUACAACCAGAGGGGCGAUGACCAAAGCAAAUUGAAGUAACCGUACAGUUAAUAUCAAUUGGAUAAAAUCAUACAAAAUAUACCAGUAAUGACGAAAUGCGAGAACAAUAAUUAGAAGUAGUAGCUCACACAAACCCUGGUUUGUCGACGAUUUUCUUUUCCUGACAGAAGCGAAUGAGCGAACUCAAAGUCAAAAGUAUGAGUACGAAAUUGUAAAGUAAUUUAAUCAAUUACUGCGGGCAGUGCACCCAUGUAAAUGAUAGCACCUUGUAAAAAAAUUUAAUAUUUUAAUAUAAAAUUUAUUUUCGUACAUUAUUGAAUAUUCAAUAGUUAGUGACAUAUAGUAGUAGAACUGCAAAUCAAGACACAACUGGGGUAUAUUUUCGUACAAGCACUUUGAGUGUUACAAUUUUGAGUAAUCAGCAAAAAAUUGGUCUUUAUAAUUAUUCAGUGGGGAAUUCCGGGAAGAGUGAAUACAAGGGAGAUGAAAAAUUAUUCCAUUUUUGUAAAGUUUAAAUACAUCUGCAACAGGGAACAGACUUAGUGUGAUGGCAAUGUGAAGAUGACGGCCAUUAAUAAAAUGAAAUUGAGAAUAUUGUACACAUGAAUAAUUAAAAAUCGCAGGCGAGUUGUAGGGCGUGUUUAUAUGAGUCCAGCUAACCGGGAAAUUCACCUGAGUGAGAUCUGAAUGCCCUUUGUUAACACAUAUAAAAUUCAACUUGUGUUCACCACAAGCUAUCUCAGUCAUGAGUGGGAUAGAAUUUUCUACAUGAAGGUUUUAUCCACCUGACCGGGAUGGACAUUUCUUGCCGGUUUUGACCUAUAAAGGCCGAUUUAAACUACACAACCUUUGCCUAAAACUGUCGCAUGCAACCCGUUUACAACUGAGUUGUACUGUAUAAAUCGAGCAUACAACUCCCCUAAGGUGAGUUAGCCUGCUUGGCAGGCGUUCUAACUUGGCCCGAUUUUAGGGACCGCCUGCCAUGCAGGCCAAAGGUGAGUUGGGUCAUAGAAUAAAGAUCCAUAUAGAAGGGCCACUUACGUCGGAAGCUUUGAAGUUUCUGUCCUCGCGCAUGUCGCAUUACGCAUGUUGGCCGCCAUUUUCCUAGCCAGUCAAUGACAUUUUACUGGCCAAUAAACACGCUGUACUGGCUGGCUGCUCCGCCUUCUGGCCAGUAAACUGCAUAUUUGUGCAUAAAAAAAACGAGGACACGUUGCACGGCUGAUGUGGUUGGGUGCUUGAUUUACACUGACAGCACAACUCAGAUUGUAAGCGGGAUGCAAGCGACAGUUUAGGUAAAAGUUGUGUAGUCUAAAUCAGCCGUCAUAUAGUGAUGAACGACAUGGUUGGAAGAUACAAACAAAAAAUAAAAUUAAUAGACCUAAACAGACACUAUUAAAGUGGCAAGGAAACCAAGCGGUUUUUUAAAGGUGAUGUAAAGUCCGUAAUGUAAACAAACGCUUUGUUUACAUUUUGAACUCAGUGCUACAGUUGUAAAAUAUGAUUAGAUAUAUAUUAUACUGAAUUAUUAACACUCUUCUGGUUCGCUAUGCUUGUAAAUGAAUACAGACUAGAGAUUCAAUUCAAGAAAAUUCGGAAGGUGCCAUUGGAAUGUAGGCCUGCGCAGAACGGACUUUACAGCAUCUUUAAGUACUACAUGCAUGUUAAGGGGGGUAAUGACAAUAUAUCAUUUUUUAUUUUCUCAUUUAAAAAGACUAUAUAUAAUACUCUUUUUCAUAUCUUGCUUACUUCUACAAAUAUUUUGAUCGAAAGGAGUGAAAUGGCCACCAUCUUCAUUUUUGUAGAUAUGCAUGUCACGUCACAACAGGGUCACGCAAAAUUUUUAUCUGGACAACCACUAAUCAUUUUGCACUCAAAACUACACUCUGUCGAAAUAUCAAGAUCACUCAAGUGAAAAUAUUUCAAGAAGCAAGAUAUAAAAAAUCGGUAAAAGAAGUUAACAUAUAGUUUCAUAAGUUCUUUCAAAUGAAAAAAAUGAAUAUUCAUAUUGCCAUUUCCCUUUAUAAAUAUUUCGAAGACGUCAAGUUUACAAAAUAUAGGUAUAUGAACACAGAAAUAAUGAAAAGCAGGUAUAUGAACACAGAAAUAAUUCACCACACUCAGGUAAACUUCCAGUUCAACCGGGCGCAAAUAAACACGGCGUAUGCGAGGCAGACAAGGCAAGCUUUUCUUUAUUCAUUAACCGAUCCUUUUUAUGAUGAUUCGUGGUUACUUGCGCCAGGUUUUCAUUGAUGAUUCAUUUCCGCCAUCUUGCUAUUAGGCUUGUGCAGUAGAAGAUCUUUGAAUUCAAAAAGUGUCUGUUUCAAAGCGUCUCGCACAGCGUCGGAACUACACGUAAUACAAUCGACAAGACACGGAUAGAUUUCGACCACUUGUGACCAUAGUUUAGGAUCCACU